AUGCCAAUCUUGACAGUGCCGGAGCUGUCUUCGGCUGUAGCGCCCCCUGAAAAGCAGAAACACGAGCGCGCGUCGAGCGACCCGGCGCAGCGUGAGUAUGUCUCGCCCGUCAAGAAGUUGAAGAAGUACCUCGAGAUGCACAAACCGCGCGUCAUCGACAACAUCGAAGAUUUGCGGGCGUUUAUUGCCAGCAACGACAUGACCGAUCCCCAGAUCCGCGGAUCGGUGCGGAUCCAGGCGCGACUCUCGAGGGCCGCCGAGGACAACACCCACAGAGCGCGCUUCCUGUGCGUCUAUCUGGGCGACCAGCGAGCGCCCGAACUACUGGCCGACCAGCAAAAGGUCUACCAAGAUGCGCAGCGCGAGAACACAUUUGAAGCAAAUAAAUACCUCAUCACGCUUUCACUGUAUGGCAUGAAGAAGGACAACCCGAUGCUACCACCACCGGGCUCAAUCGUGACGGUCGUGCCGACAAAGCUCCGCGUCUACAACGACUGCUGCCAGAUCGACAGCAAGCUCCACAUGAUCUCGACGAUCGCUCCACCAUGA